AUGCAGAUGGUCCGGAGGCUGGACCUCUCCGGGCUGGUGUUUGCCGUUGUGAUCCCGGCAGGGCGGCAGAGGGGCCACAAGGACUUGGAUGACACGUCCAGCAGAGGGCAGUCGUACGAAUCCCAAAGCGCCCAAAGCUUCAUGUCCAACUUCAAGCGGCACUCGGAAGGCACCUUCACCAGUGACUUCACCCGCUACCUGGACAAGAUGAAGGCCAAAGACUUUGUGCACUGGCUCAUCAACACCAACCGCUCCACAAAGAGGUACCUGAAGGAGGAGACCCACAGCAUCCCCUUCCCAGCUGUGUUCCCACCGCUCAU